AUGGAGCCAUCGGCUCCGCAUUCUGCGCCGCGCGUGGAGGAGCUGAUCCUUUCUGGGGCAGACGUGAAUGUACUGAACCACGCGACGCUAUCACUGUGGCACUUUCGACAGCUGGCACAGGAGCUGCUGCCGUCCGCUGCGUCGGCUGAACCCGACGAAGAUCAUGCAGUCAAAGCGUCGGAGACACCUCCAAGCCGCGGCAUCGAGCUGGGCGAGGGCAUGAGUGUAGCCGCCGUUCUAUACGAACAGCCAAUGGACGCCUUGAAUCCCGAGAAGAGCGGCAGACCUGUGCUUCAGCUGCAAGGUGUGACAACAAACAUCCCGGGACAAUUGAUGCCGGACACUCGCGUCGGCGCCGUGUUCCAGCGCUACCGCUGUGUAUUAUGUCUAGAUGCAUCACCCUCGAUUCUGUCCAUCGAUCCGUCGUCUGGAACACUCUUCCUGGACCUGCUUUACGAGACUGUAGAGCUCUUUAUCUGGAGUAUGUUGAGACCCAUGGAGGUGGGAGGUGUAGCUUUCACCCCAGAGAUCCAUGUGUCGGUGCUGGUACAGGGGGCUCUGGUGGAAUCACUCUGUGUAUUGAUGCAGGGGUACAUUGUAACGCCGUCCAAUGCAUCAGGGUUCUUACAGUUGAUUAAGGAACGGUUCCAGCUCAUUGAGAACGACUGGGCAUCUCAAGCACAGGAACGUGGACAGUAUGGCUAUCUGGGCAAUGCCACACCAGCUUCACUAGACUGGAUCUUGCAGAACGCCGUGUUUGCACUCAACUCGCUGCCUACAGACUGCACGCCGAUGAUGGUGCUAGUCACCGAUGGUGUCGUGGAUGUACGAGACGCCUAUUCCUACGACAAUUUGCUGAUGCAGCUUGUGCGUCAUGAUAUUCAGUGCCACUUUUUGCGGAUUGGAGGAGGGGGUGCAGACGACGAACUGAACGCGACGUUCGGAUUCGUGCCAGAUACACACUUGUUACGCUUUGUAGCAGAAUAUACUGGCGGAACAGUGUUUGACUACGCUGCUAUCCACGAGGGUUGCUACGGCACGACGAGCGUGUGCAGUAAUGUAGUCAAGAAGAUGACGGGGUUGCAAGACGCGUGUUUUCUACGCAAGUCAAGUGUGCACGCGAACUCGGCGCCCGUAGUGAAGCUUAACGAGAUGGCUAGCACGUCUUUUGACGGGAGAACUCUACUGCCUCUUCGACCCUAUCGGAUGUGGCGAGAAAAAGUUCAUGAAUAUCGGAUUUUUGCUGAUGUGAAUCGAAUUGUGGAGGCUCGACUACGUGAAGGGUUUUCGAUAAAUAAGGUCUAUGUCAAGACUUACGAACAGCCUCAACAGACAGAUGGAGUAGGUGUGGAUUCUCCUCGUAAUGGCGAAGCUUCGAAUGCUGCGAGCGGCUCCAACGAUAUCACCAAGAUCCUGAUUGUGUUCUUAUUCCAAUGGAAGCAGAAUGUUUGGCUUGAAUACGUGGUAUCGACAUCGACUGACAACUCGGCGACUUUGGCUACAUCGGCUACUACAUCUCAUACAGGCCGCCGAGGUAGUGGUCAGGGAAUAAAGGGGCCGGGCUCGUCAUCUUCUGCUAAAAAGUCGAACGUUAUCUUCUCCAAGGGACAGAAUACAGCGUGGAGUGAGUGGUACGUCAAGAUGAAUAUCCUGGCGUACGCAGAUUUCCUUCGAGCGUUUGAAGACACCAUCCAGCACUCAAUUGGGGACCGAGGUAAUGCCGCUCGAGGUUCAGGCGGAGAUGUAUCCCUGGCAUCACCCAUUUUUGUUCAUGACUUUAUCAAAAAUGUUCAAGAUGUGGAUCGUGUGCUGCUGCAUUUAAUGACAGCGACAGCGAGCAUCAAUGAGUCCAGCGACUCGGUUGCCAACCAGUUCUCGUUCGGGACGAGUGCCAACUCGACGUCUGCGUCUGUGACUCCGAAGAUCACAAGCUCCCAUCCAGUGUUUAACAUUAUCGGCGAGCUCUCUACUGUGCUGUGGCACCGCUGGUUUUUCAUAGAACGCUUUGAGAUUUUGUGCAUCGUCAAGAGCGAUGUCUGCACAGACCUGUUUUAUCGAAACGAAAUGCAUGGUGUAGUGGAACGUGGCAACGCUGGCUCGCACUUGCGCAGCUCAAGCAAUGUUCCCCACGGAAUGAUCCACAGUCAUGGCGCAAAUGUCUACGGAACGAGCAGUGGGAACAUUUCAAUCGGAGUUGAUAGUCUUGCCGAGCCGCUGAUGGCAAUUCUGGUCAAGUGGUCUUCCCAGAAACUGUCCCAGGAUCUGCUCUUAAAGUUUCUCCGUCCGUCUACCGAUAAAAGCCACGCCCCUCCAAGGGCCAAGCCAUCUCCAUCUUCUGCUACGGUAUCUGGGGGGAUUGCUCAACGGCGUCGACAACGCAGUGUGAACAGUAACGGUGGUGAAGAUACUACCCACGCUGAAGGCAGCAUGAGUACAGAAGAAAGUAAAGGAGCGCUUUGCUUUGUCCGGCUCGAGUUCAAGAACAAGACGCUAUGUGCCGUUCAUGUGGCAUUUUUCGCGACUAGAGCUUCGACACGCCGUCAAGUGUUGAACGAUUUGAAGAACACGAUUUUUGCGGGUAUCAAUGAGGUCGCAGUGACGCCGUCUCCAGCCAAACUACUACCGUCGUCGCCGACUGAGACCCCGGUAAUUCUAUGUCACCGUAUGCUGAGUCGUCUGCUUGUCACACACGAUACCCUUUUACUCCAUGGAAUUGACCAGGAGCCCGGGCCUUUUGAUUAUUAUGUAGCGUCACCGACGUUGGAGGCUGAGAAGAAUGCUGGAGCUAUUCCUCCGUCAACUACAUGCUGUGGGGGUAGUGAGUUGCAGUUGCAUCGCGUUUUCGGAGCAUACGUCUGGCAUUCAAGCUGGAAAUGGGAAGUGGCAGAUUUACAGGCAUUACUGGACGUGAUGCGGCGUCUUCAUAAUGCUCGUAUCAGCUGUGGAUUCUGGGUUUUGGACUGGAAGAUGGGCGAAGGAGAGGAUGGACAGAGUGCGCAUGUGGAGAGCGUGAUCUUUGGCCGAGAAAUCUUGAUGGAAGAUGAAAAUGGACAUAUCAAGACGGCGCUUGUGCAGUAUGCGCUUCGUCGUGUCUCGGAUACUUGUUUGAUGACUUCGUUCUGGAUGGAACCUCAGCAUGGCACUGUGAAGACACGCUUAUCCGAUGAAGCUGAGCGAAACGAUAAGUUUCAUUGGAGUCUGAAGCAGGCAAUCGGACACAGCUCGCCGUUUGAGAACUAUGAAGUCCGUGGUGCUCGUCGAAAUAGCACCCAACAAACUUUUGUUUCAUCAACGAGCUCAGUGGAAGACGAGCAGAAGUCAAUGGAGCAGGAAGACAUGAGUAUCGAUUGGAGUGGAGGGUCGAUGUAUCUGGGUGAGAGUGAGCUGUUGCAUCUUAUCCGUGGCUACCUCUUCAAGAGCGACCGUCACUUCCUCUCCUGUCUGUACACGUUUGACUGCAUCAUUAAUUUGCGAGAUAACAUUGAGCUGCUGAAUCAGCUGAGCAAGGACGUUGAUGACGUUGUCGGCUCUCACUGGGUUAUGGAUCGGCAGAUGGCGGCCGAAAACGGUAUGAUUCUUCCUCCGUUCAGCACGGCCAGACUCUUAGCAACUUCAAAGCGAUCAACCGAGCAUUUCCUCAUGUAUCUACAACAUGGCAAGAGCGGAGAAAAUGAAUCAAGGGGGACUGAGAUCCCGCCUUCAGUCUCUACAGCGAACGAGAAUUUGUAUUCCAUGCUGGAGCUUACUUUAAGAGGGCUAAGUGACUGCGAAGUGUCCUGGACAGACUACAAUGGAGACGUUGUUGCGGACUCGAGUGCACCUACUAGCAGCCUCAUUGAAGACGAUCGGUUCUUCAGAGAAGGAAUGGACGGCCAAUUGCCGCUGUGGUUAAAGCAGCAUCUGGCUUUAACCUUCAAAGACCGCGUUCCACAUCAUGCUCUAAGCAAAGGCAAGUGCUUUGCUAAGCUGGUUAGUGAUGAUUGUGUCGUGUUGGCUUUCUUCCCUUCGUUGGAUACUCUGCAGGUCAAAACCAAGAUAUCCGACAAGGUAUCGGUCGAUGAACCGUUGUUUGAAGAAAGAUUAUCCAACAAAACUCUCGAGAAGGAGGCAGGCCACAAGACCCCUGCGCAACAGUUUUCCGUCCGUGCAGCGGAAGAGGAAGGCAAGUCUCGAGUCGUGCGAAUGUCAGUGUCUGCGGAUGACAUUGUGCUGUACCAAGAACGGCGGCGCAGUUUCCGCGAAGGCUACAAAUCGUGGAGAAUGGGCCAUUAUCAGGGCUCUCGGGAUGAAAAAAAGAGCUACGGCCGCGAUUUCCAGAAACUCCGUCUCCCAUCUACCCUUGAAGACCACGAGUUUUGUGAAGAUAUCAGUCGUCGCGCGUCGUACGGCUGUGAUUUCCACCUGCUGAUUGAACACGCUAGCGGAGUUCUGGGCUCAGGUUUCUUUCAAGUUGCCUUUUACGAGUGUUCGCUCUCCAGGUUGUCGACGGAUUUACACGACAGAAGUGACGAGAUGCUAGACCGUGUGGAUUUACCGCACACUAUCCUCAAACAGUUAUUCUUCUCAAAGCGGCGUGAGAAGCCGAAAGACGAUCGUCCAGCUAUCCCACUUGAUCGAAGUGGUCUUUGGAAGAAGUCUGCAGCUCGUUUAUCAUCAGAGAACUCUCAUCAUCGAUUGAGUUCUGACAGUAUUCUUGCGUCACGUCGAUUUCGCAAGAAGGUUAAGCGGGCGCACGAGCAUAACUUUUCUCGAGGUGUUUACAUGGCUCUACGCGAAGGAGGGGCGGUUCAGCAUAGCGAUUUGCUCCAGGCGCUGUCGAGCUGUGUGGAAGUGCCUGUGGAUGUGGACAUCACGCUCUUGUAUCGCAUGAUGGAGACAGCCGCAUCGCACAGAAUCCCUCCUCUCAGUCCAGCAGCGGCAGCGGUGGUCUCUGCGGGCAUUGGCGCGGAUAUCUUGAAGGAUAAACUGACCAAGUCUUUCGAGACAAUCUUGUCAAGUGUUUUUAUCCCAAUUGCCGGCACCAAGUACUACUAUUUUACGGGCAACGAGAACACAAUCUAUGAAGACUUGUCUGUGAGUGAGUAUGACUUGCAUAUUCUCAUGGAGGACUCAGAUGAUGGCGACGGAGACGCAAUUGUUGAGCGCCAGAAAAAGGAAGAAAACGAGAACGCCGUUGCUACUGCCGCCGAAAAGCGUCCGAUUCGACACAGACGUGGAAGCUUGGGGCGUGAGCUACCUCCCUCUGUGGAUACCUCAACCGAAGGCAGUUCGGGCAGUGAACAGCAUCAUGGAACCGUUGAGGAGGACGCCGAGUUUAACAAAGAAGUUGCGGUGGCUACGUCCAGCUUUUCAGUGCCUUUCUUCUUCAGGUUUGAAUGCCGCGUGCUCAAUGGCUCACGGGAUACUCGAUCGAAUUCUGCAGACGUUCAUGCUCCAAGAGCUACGCCAGACUCGGAGCUGCUACGUCGUUCUUCCAGUACUGCUGCGUACGAUGAUAUACGAAAGGAAAUGGUUGCUCAAGAGCAGCUUAUGUCGCCUACUAGUCGACGGGAAGAGUUUAACGCGUUCUUGGAAUCGUUGAAGACUAACUAUGGGUCUCACAAGUACUCGAACUCGACUGACGUCACGCAGAUUGCCGAAGCAUUCUCAAAAUUGCCGUCAGGUCGUAUUGCGUUACGCUUAGUGACGCUGACAUUGCCGAACGAACGUGCGUUCGAUGGUGGCCGCGUACCAUCUACGAUGCCUUUUGAAAUGGACAGCAGCGGACAGACCAGUAAGACGAACGUUUUGCCGUCCAUGCGCUCGCACAGCUUCUCGACGCUGCACCUGUUCCAGCGCCAAGUGCUCACGCGCGUGCGAAAAGACAUUAAGGAAUGGUGCAGCGUGGAGAUUCUGUCCAUUCUCAAGUCCGCAAACGAAAUCACCCCUGCAAUUGGAGCUCUAGUGCAGAGACUCUUUGACGAUCUACCCGAGCAUGCUGUGACGAAAGCCACGUAUCCAUUGGAGUUUGUCGGUCGCAGUCAAGAAGCCCCAGUGAAUCCGCUCGAUUUGUUCAAGCGCGAGUUUGAGAAGGGCGAUUUGCUUAGCGUGCAUCAUUGCAAUGGCGUGUACUUUGUUGUGAAGAAGAAGAAGUCGGACGACAAGACUGACGCUGGCUUUGAGAUCCCGUACUGGGCGUACUUUGAGCUUGCAUCUGACCACGUUAGCUUGCGGUUCCACCACCCAGACCGCGUUGAGGCGUCCUCGAACGGGUUUAAUCGCUUGGGAGCUCUGACCCGUCUUCAGCUUGGCGUUCGUGCGGUAUGUCGUCGUGUGAACCAGUUUCUGCUUUUGUUCCAGCUUCACGAGACUCGGACGUGCAAUGGACUUCUGCUGCCACCCAACGGCAACCAGCCAUUGAGUCCACGCUCACCGAAGCGACGUGCUGGGUCACAGAGUGCGUUGGAUGCCUCGAGUGGACAGAUGAAACACGCAAGUUUCUUUUGGCCUGGUCAAUUUGAGUGUGACUUGCGCUACUCUGCGGUUUUCAAGCUUCACGAGCGCUUAGCGCCCAAUUUCGCGCUGAACAUGUUGUGUACGUCAGCGCUGGAGCAGUUCCAAGUGCACAAUCGACGCCAUAUCUUUGUCUACCGCGAUCGAGACGGCCACGUGUUUUAUAUGAAGAUCAGCAUAUUCUACGACAACACGACGUCUUCCGUUGGCAGUCAACCGGCCGAAGAACGCAGUAGUUUUUCAAAAUCGAAUACUGGAGGCAGUGGUGGCGGUGGGACCACGAGCUCGACAACAACAACACCAUCAGGAGUCCCGGGGAUUCGACUCGAAGUGUUUGGUGUGUCUGAGGCUGGAGAAGAAGUGACCCAUGAGCUGUGUCGCCUGCUCGAGAGGAAGCUCGAUGAAGCAACGCAGGUCGUGCUCAUGAAGCUAUUAGCACGAAACACCAAGUUCCAGCUGAGUCCGACGGAUCUGGCGUUCUUGUGUCCACCCGCAGCGGAGCCUUCGAGUACGGUGGACUACAUUCUUCCUCGCGAAGUAGCUGAUUGCUGUACACUGCUACAUUACUUGUCACAAACGCUGAAGUUGACUCCGUACAUCCGUCCUGUUACGAGUGGCGCCUCCUUACCCACUCGGAAUCCGCGAGACUUUGCGAAUAGUUCGUUGCGCGGAGCUCGACGCGGGAGUUUGGUGUCUGCAGGCAGCACCAAACCCGUUUUGCACGAUAGCGCUCGUACGCAUCCUGCGUGUUUCGGUGGCUACCAGAAAGCGUUGACGGAGGUCCAAGGGACAUUUGACGCAGCACUUCGAUCCCCUGUGUUCUUCUCGAAACGACAUGAUGUGGAGAUGAAGAAUGCUGUUUCUUCUGAAGGAGACUCAGUCUCCGCAUCGCCUGAAAUCGUGGCCCAGGCGUCCUAUGUUCUCAAUCUGAAUCCGGACUUGCGACUCUCGCAAGGAUUCUUGUCCCAAGUUGGCAAGGGACUUGCUCUCAUGCGAGUUGAUCUCAUCCGGAACAGUCCCAUCAAGGCUGAAACGGGAGAAAAGGACAAGGAAAAUACAGAUUCGCCACGGCUGAAGCGAAUGCGUGAUAUCCCAGGACUCUCAGAAUUGUACUCAAGCUCUGAAGACGCGGUGGAUUCUACACUGGUGGUGGCUAGAUGCCAAGUGUGGAUCCGUGGCUCUAUCCAUACGAAAGAGCUGAGUCAGGUCGUGGAGACUUUUAUGGACGAAGCGCUUUACGACUACCACAUUGAAUCGAUCAUCAAGAAGCUCCAGUCAUACAAUGGGCGACAUGACGCAAGCAGUGAUGAAAGUCACACGGAAGCAUUUGAUACUGACCGGAGACUACCUUCAGAUGUGGACAAGUUGAUAUCACUGUUUAAGAGUGCAUGUCGACUGCCCUCGUCUUCUGUUACUAGUCUCGGAGCGAGCCAGUCGAUCGCAUCUUGGGAUCUUGAGAACGCUGUGACGCAGAUUCGAAGCUUUUUGUGCUGUCUGCCUCAACAUCUACGACCUGCGCCUUAUGCGAAAUCAAGGCUGUCAGGUAGUUAUGAGUGUGUUAGCUGUCGCAGCGACAUCAUCCGUGUUAGUGAUCCUCUUCCAGACAAGUUUCGACUGGUGGUGAAGCAUGUUGACGUCUCAGACUCGGGCGACGACGCGGACUCAAGUGACUCGGACGCCGAAACGACAGCGUCAAUGAGCUCCGCGCUUCAUCAGCUGAUGCGAGCGGAUUCAGUUCAUUCGGAGAUUUCGGAUAUCGACUCGGUCUCGGGGCGAAUGCCGCUAACUUGGGCGUCCUCUGGUGCAAACUCGGAUGCCAUUUCGCGACUACAGACAGCGCCGUCUGUGUCUUCGACGACGUCGUCUCUGCUUGGAGCGAUGGGAGGCCUGUCGCAUCAAUUGCAUCUCCCAAAGAGUGCGACUUUUACCGAACGAGAUGUUCUGCUCUACUCAAGCAGCGGGAGCAGCUACCAUCACCACCAGAAGGUGGGGUCUCAUGCACAUCGAGAAGUGAAGCGAUCGUUCUACUACGUCAUUGACUUGUCGACCAGCAAGGGUCUGCGGUUGUACGGAUACAAUAUGAGCUUGGCGCUGGUGGAAGCGUUAGCGACGCACUUGGCUCGGGUGUUGACGUGGAGUAUGCUUCGCGACAAGCUCCUUCAGAGUUUACUACUGGAAAAAUCGGGUAUUUCAGCCGCUGCUCCCUUGGGUUCCGUGGUGUUGCAACCUCGUAGUUUGUUCCUGACCGUCGGAAGAACGGAACGAGCUGGAAAGGGAGUGGGCAAGAAUCCUGCUGUGCUCUGUAAAGACUCUGCUGUGCACUUUAUUGAGUAUCGAACCCCCGUGUUGUCGAUCUUGCAGUCGAACGAUUGGUUCCCUAGAGUGUUGGACGCCAGUCGCUUACGAUCCAUUGAAGGUACUGCUCUUGGCGUAUAUUUGCGUGAGGCGCAGACUCAAUCGGCGUUAGAAGCACUGGACUCGCAGUACGCGCGUCCCCGAGGGAAGAGUAACUCGAAUCUCGCCGUUUCAAUUGGACCUCCAAGUAUUCCCGAUCUGACACGAGAAAUAUCGGGGCCUUCGUUAUCGCAACGGAGUCUACUCAGCAACGGAGAGGGACCAGGAAACCAAACGUCUGGAAGGAUCAGGAGUGGCGGCAUUGUAAGUAGCAGCAACGUAUCGGACAACAUAGCGUCGUCCCCACAUAAGCGGUUGAGUGGAUCAAGUCCUGCGUUGCCGUAUCCAGGUGGGAACCGAAGCGAGGCUGCAGCUCGGAUGCGUGGCGGUGCGGGAGCUGCGACUGCGUUGAUGGCAGCACGAGCCCGUGCAAGAGGGGGUAGUGCCUUCCCGGGCCGUGCGGGUGAACCAGGCGUCGGUGCAACGCAUAGCAACGGAAACGCUGGUGCGUCUUCUGGAGGCGCAUCCGGAGACAGCGUCGCGCCAUGGGAUUUGCCAUUGAACAACACGAAAGGACCGCGGCUGCAUGCUGCAGCAAGUGGAGCAGAAGCGAAUGCAGAUGCUGGCACGAAUCGCCCUGUACGAAGAGGAUCGAGAGGUACUAAUCUUUCCGAGUUGGGGUCGUCGUCGUCUUCAUCUUCAAACACAAGCGACGCAGACCCGGGUCGUAUCCACAGUUCGUGGAAGAAGCGAUUGGAGUGUGCUUGGGGGCCUCGCUUUCUAUUCCCUGGCAACACAGAGCGAUGGGCAACGAGUUUGACAGGCCAGCCGCGACAUUUGAUCGAGCUCGAGGAAGACGAAGACUACCCCAAGAAGAAUCGAACUCCUCUUGCAUUCUACUGUGCAGCUUUGGAAAAGCGAUGGGAAGUAUUCGAGACGCAAUCAACUAGCCACACAGUGGGCAUGAACCUGCUGGAGAAGCUCGCGUCGAUGCGUGCGGACGAAGAGAUGGAGGAGCCCGUCGCGAAGGAUGUCGUGAUGCAUUUAGUGGAGAGUGGACAUCUCUUGCUGCAUCAACGAUUCCGAGCUGCGUUUGUGGAGCGAUGGGUAGCAGCAGAGGUGAUUGGAUUGUCUGACGGCGACGAGAACGGGAUCGUCAGUGGGCGAUUACGUGCUCUUCAGUCGUGCAUGGAUCUGGUUCAUUUGCUCAGCUACAAGCGCGAGUUCGUGUUUGAUCAAGACGAAUGCUCAGUGGCCAAGCUGUACACCGAGCACACUGUACUCAGCAUGGACGCCGGUACAGGAGCUGACGUUCGUGGUAUCAAGCAGCAGGUGGCUGCGAAUUUGGAGCCACUGCGUCUUGAAGUGGCGAGUGAAUUCUAUAAAGAGUACGCAGUGCACUUACGUACGCUUGGCUUCCGACGUCUUCGGACGCUAGCUACCGGCAGGAGCCAUGCACGUGCCUUCCCUGUGGACCCCAGCGCAGCAAAUGAGAGCGACAUACCUAGCAAAGAAGGCUUCUCCGAGUACUUUUACCACCCGGAAAGAGCUGCAGCGGAAGCGGCUGGGUGGACGAAUAGCGCAAGCAAUGACCCUCUCUCCAUCGUGGUGCUUGAGGUGAAAUGCGACAAUCGAGGCGUGCUGCUGACUGCGGUACUUGUGAGUUUGCACGACUUGGAGCAGCAAGAUCUGCGUUUCCAGAAUCGUUUGGCUGCCAAGACUGGGAAGAAGACGACUGGAGUGUCUGGAGCAAGAGUGCAGAGUGUAGCGUCGUGGCUACGUGCUCAGCUGCAGACCCAAGCUCUCAUUUACGGGUUCACCAUCCGCUACUUCCAGCGACAUCUUCUGCAGUGGCUUGACGCGUCGCACGACUUCCACGACGCAGAGAAUGGACACGGUCACAGUGUAGGCAAGCAUCUUAGUGAGGAUGACGCGCUUGUCGUGACCCCACCGCUGCCUUGGAAGAAAGCGUCCACGUUCCAGAACAUCGUCAAGGGGCUUCAAUGCUUCUUGCAAGCCUUCCCGGACCCGCCUGAGGAACCCAAGAAGUUCAGUACACCAGCCCCAGCCAGUGAUGGCCAUCGACCGCCUUCGCGAGCUGCAGCGAGAUUUACUCGACGAGCUGCCAACAAACCGCAUCCGCAGCCGGUACAUCAUUUGGGCCCAGCUCAAGCGAGCACCGCGUCAACAUCUGCAGCACCCUUGUCGCUGCUCUGGCGCGACUGUGUGAUCCACAUGGUGACAGUAAAGCUGCAACCUGCGUCGCUGCAGUCCAACUGCUCGGAGCUGAUCAUGGUGCAGAUCUUACUCCGAUACAUCGCAUGUCAUGGCUCACGCUACGAAGUGUUAGACUUACUGCAGUUUGGUACACCGGAUGCAGUCGUGUGUCACUCGUCAUCAGGAAGCUUCUUCCAUCGAUCUCCGUCCACGAUAACUGUGUCGACACGUAAGGUGGAGCCGUUGGGCGGAUACUCGCUGGUCCUCACAACGCAACCGCUGACACGCAAGCCUCUGGACAAGGACGCUGUACAGCUUCUGCUACUCAAGAGUACCCCUUCGGAACUAGGCGUGGGCAAUGGUGUGCUACCGGUGGAGCGGGCUCUGCAGGAAGCUCAGCUCUUCACGCAAGAGUUGUUCCGCGUUGCUGCUCAACACUACGAACGUGAUUUGCUGUGGUCUCGCCUGCUGUUUGAUGACUCACGUGGCCCUGGUGCCGAUGUGGCUCGCACGUUGGCGCUUCCGGCGGACUUGUUCCGUGUGGAUGUUGGCCCACAGCAGCUUGAAGAGUGUCUCAAGCUGUCUAUCUGUACGCCUUUGGAGGCGCUGGACCCGCGACUGGACGAGUUGCUGCGUGUAUCUGGCGUGUGCUGGCAGGAGCUUGCACUGCGGCUUCGAGAUAUCUACGCAGACCAGCUACGGGAGUUCCAGUUCCAAGAGGAAGACGAGAACAGCAGCCACUUGUUACUACUGUGCCCCGACACGUUUGAUAUCAUCAUCCACUUGACGUUCAUCACGCCCAGGGACCCGGUGACACCCGCAGAACAGGGAGAGGUCAGUGUCAGUGGCGUCAACAGCAACGAUGGCUCCAGUCAGAGCGUCUGUGGUAAUGGCAGUCACUGUAGUAAUAUCAACGACCAGUUCAGCGAGGGAGGCUUUGAAGAAGAGGGAGAGGGCAACGUACGCGUGGAGAUCUGCCGACGCGAGGAACCGACCAACAAACAGUUCACGUUCGCACAGCGACGCUCCAUCUCCGAGUUUGUCAACAGCAUCGUGCACUGGCAGUGGCGAAGUCUCAUUUACGAUUGA